GUUUCUGCCUCUCCACUGCCAAAUGGCGCCAGCUGCUUCCUCGCUUCGCCACCAGCAGCCGGGAGGCCGGCCAUCUGCCCCAUGGGUGCCCAAAGGAGCCCGGGGCUUCAAGAGCAGCUAGUGCCCCUGGCCACGGAGGGACUGGACACACAGAUCAACGCACUAGGACGUUAGGGUGCAGACCUGCUGGCAGGCCGGGGGCAGGCCUGGAACUGCCCAGCGGCGCAGCGACCCGGCGUCCUGGGUUCGGAUUUCCACGGUUCCCACCUCGUGACAAGGCGGGUCCCACCGAGAGGGGCCAUGCCCGGGGCGCGCAGCCUUUGGCGCUAGCCUUGUUCUCGAAAUCUGUUUCCUCCUGGGGCCUCGGUCAGACGCCCUCAGUCAGCGCUUAGCAGGAAGCCGACUCCCAAACCCGGGCAGGGGGUGUGAGCCAAGCGCGAAACCCCGCCUCUAGGGGUCCCUGAUCUUUGCCCCCGCCCGGGACUCCGUGCCUCUCGGAGAGGCACAGCGGGCGAGCGGCAUUGCCUUUGUGUGUUUCGCCUCGAGGUGCCGGAGACCCUCCCCGCAGCCGUCCGCCGCGUCCCCUCGCGGCCCCCGGCCCCCUCCUCUCGGCGUCCUCAGCCCCCCUGCUUAGCUCCGCGUGCCAGUUCAGGGAUCGUUGGUUAGCUCCCUGCGGCUCCAGGAGGAGGGGCGAGGGCCUGCAGCCCCCUCCCAGGUACACGGCGCCGGAGCCGAGCCCAGCCCGGGGGACCCGCCGCCACCGAUGAUGUGGGCCGGACUGCUCCUUCGGGCCGCCUGUGUCGCGCUCCUGCUGCCCGGGCCCCCGGCCCGAGGCUACACUGGGAGGAAGCCGCCCGGGCACUUCGCGGUCGAGAGACACCGGCUGGGCCCCCACGUCUGCCUCUCUGGGUUCGGGAGUGGCUGCUGCCCUGGCUGGGCGCCCUCUAUGGGUAGUGGGCACUGCACCGUGCCCCUCUGCUCCUUUGGCUGUGGGAGUGGCAUCUGCAUCGCUCCCAACGUCUGCUCCUGCCAGGAUGGAGAGCAAGGGAUCACCUGCCCAGAAAGUCAUGGACCGUGUGGGGAGUAUGGCUGUGACCUUACCUGCAACCAUGGCGGCUGUCAGGAGGUGGCCCGCGUGUGCCCCGUGGGCUUCUUGAUGACAGAGACAGCUGUUGGUGUCAGGUGUACAGACAUUGAUGAAUGUGUAAGCUCCUCUUGUGAGGGCUACUGUGUGAACACGGAAGGCGGGUAUGUGUGUGAGUGUGGGCCUGGCAUGCAGCUGUCUGCCGACCGCCACAGCUGCCAAGACACUGACGAAUGCCUAGGGACUCCCUGUCAGCAAAGAUGUAAAAACAGCAUUGGCAGCUACAAGUGUUCCUGUCUAACAGGCUUCCACCUCCAUGGCAACCAGCACUCCUGUGUAGAUGUAAACGAGUGUCGGAGGCCAUUGGAGAGGCGAGUCUGUCACCAUUCCUGCCACAACACCGUGGGCAGCUUCCGAUGCACAUGCCGACCUGGCUUCAGGCUCCGGGCUGACCGCGUGUCUUGUGAAGCUUUCCCGAAAGCCGUGCUGGCCUCAUCUGUCAUCCUGCAGCCCCAGCAACAGCCCCCCAAGAUGCUCCUGUUGUUUCCAGAGGCUGCCCGGCCUGCCCUGUUCCCAGGACAUACCCCUUCUUCGGGGGUUCCAGGGCCCCUAGCCGGAGUCAGGACCACCCGCCUGCCAUCUCGCACCCCACUGCUACCCACAUUCUCCCCUUCUGCCCCUUUGUGGCUGCUGUCCACUCUGAUGGCCACCCCAGUGCCUACUGCUGCCUUGCUGGGGAACCUCAGGCCCCCCUCACUCUUUCAGGGGGAGGUGAUGGGGACCUCUUCCUCACCCAGGGGCCCUGAGGCCCCCCGGCUGGCAGCAGGGCCCUCUCCUUGCUGGCACCUGGAAGCCAUGCGUGAAUCAGGGAGUCACUGGACAGAGCCUGGGUGUUCCCAGUGCUGGUGCGAGGAUGGGGAGGUGACCUGUGAAAAGGUGAAGUGUGAAGCUGCUUGUUCCCACCCAAUUCCCUCCAAAGAUGAGGGGUGCUGCCCAUUGUGCACAGGCUGUUUUCACAGAGGUGUCAUCCGAGCUGAAGGGGAUGUGUUUUCACCUCCCAAUGAGAACUGCACCGUGUGUGUCUGUCUGGCUGGAAACGUGUCCUGCAUCUCUCCCGAGUGUCCCCCUGGCCCCUGUCAGACCUCCCCACAGUUGGAUUGCUGUACUUGUGUUCCAGUGAGAUGCUAUUUCCAUGGCCGGUGGUACGAGGAUGGGGCCGUGUUCAGUGGGGGUGGUGACGAGUGUACCACCUGUGUCUGCCAGAAUGGGGAGGUCGAGUGCUCCUUCAUGCCUUGCCCUAAGCUGGCCUGCCCCCGAGAAGAGUGGCGGCUGGGCCCUGGCCAGUGCUGCUUCACCUGCCAGGAGCCCACGCCCGCAACAGGCUGCUCUCUCGAUGACAACGGGGUUGAGUUUCCGAUUGGACAGAUCUGGUCACCUGGUGACCCCUGUGAGUUAUGCAUCUGCCAGGCUGAUGGCUCGGUGAGCUGCAAGAGGACAGACUGUGUGGACUCCUGCCCUCACCCAAUCCGGAUCCCUGGACAGUGCUGCCCGGACUGCUCAGCAGGCUGCACCUACACAGGCAGAAUCUUCUAUAACAACGAGACCUUCCCAUCUGUGCUGGACCCAUGUCUGAGCUGCAUCUGCCUGCUGGGCUCAGUGGCCUGUUCCCCCGUGGACUGCCCCAUCACCUGUACCUACCCUUUCCACCCUGAUGGGGAGUGCUGUCCUGUGUGCCAAGACUGCAACUAUGAGGGGAGGAAGGUGGCGAAUGGCCAGGUGUUCACCUUGGAUGAUGAGCCUUGUACCCGGUGCAUGUGCCAGCUGGGAGAGGUGAGCUGCGAGAAGAUUCCCUGCCAGCGGGCCUGUGCUGACCCUGCUCUGCUCCUUGGGGAAUGCUGUUCUUCCUGCCCAGAUGGAGUCUUGCUCUGUUGCCAGGCUGGAGUGCAGUGGCGCCAUCUCAGCUCACUGCAACCAUCACCUUCCCUGUUCAAGCAAUUCUCCUGCCUCAGUCUCCUGAGUAGCUGGGACUACAGGUGCCCAACACCAUGCCCAGCUAAUUUUUGUAAUUUUAAUAGAGAUGUGAUUUCACCGUGUUGGCCAGGAUGGCCUCGAUCUCUUGACCUCGUGAUGCCCCGCUUUGGCCACCCAAAGUGCUGGGAUUAUAGGCAUGAGCCACCAUACCUAGCCUUCUUCUUCUUCUUUUUUUAAGUGUCAAUCUCACUCCAGUAUGACUAGCCCUUGUAUUUUUCACUUUCAAGUCUUUUAGUGCCUUCUUCUUUUCCUCUCUUUCCUCCCUCUCAAGCCCCCCCGCCCGUCUCCCUUUUUGAGACAGGGUCUUAUUCUGUCACUCAGGCUGGAGUAUAGUGGCGUGAUCAUGGCUUACUGUUCAAUCAGUCCUCUGGCCUCAGCCUCUGAGUAGCUGGGACUGUAGGCAUGAGCCACUACGCCCAGCUACCUUUUGUAUUUCCGGUAGAGACAGGCUGGUUUCAAACUCCUGGGCUCAAGUGAGCUUCCUGCCUCGGCCUUUCAAAGCGCUGGGAUUACCGUGAACCACAAUGCACCCGACCCUCUCUCUCUUUAUUGAUACAUAGCAUUUUACAUAUUUUGGGGGUACAUGUGAUAUUUUGUUACAUGCAUAGAAAGAGUAAUGAUCAAGUCAGGGUAUUUGGAGUAUCCAUCACCUUAAGUAUGGGUUGAUCCCAGCAAUCAUAUGAACUCGCGGGUCCUGAAGAUGCCUGCCUAAGUUCUGGGGGCACCGGAUGGAAUCCCCUCACUCAAGGCUGCCACCAGAUGGAAGGGAGGGAGCUUGGAGCCCAAGGAUGGGCACUGAUUUUGGGGGCACAGCUUGUCUGGGGCUCACAUGGGAAUUUUGAGCAGAGGAGAAAUAUGUUUGGGAAGCAGAAGGAAGAUUUCCCAGGCAGAAACCUGCAAGCCCCUUUAAACAUUCAUUCAAAUGCCGUGUUGUGCACUUGCUGUGUACUGAGCGUGCUCGCUGCUGAGGGUACAUCCCUGAGCAUGACAGGCAUAGGCUGUGCCUGGGGCGCAUUUGUGGUCAGUUCAAGGGAAAGCUGGUGUGGAAGGGGCUCUUUCUUUUCACCUGGAUGGAUAUUCGGAUCACAUUGAGGGGAAGCUCUCGGGUUGGUGAAGAUGAUAGUAUUUCUUCACAUUAGAGAUUUUAGCACCCCUAGGGAUGCUGGAAUGCUUGCUGACACCAACUCAGGGACAUGGUGGAGAGACUCUAGGAUGGCCUGCAAUUAUUCAUCUGCUGGUAGUCACACCCCUGUGUAAUCCCUUCCCCUUUUGUGUAGGUAAGACUUGCUUCUGACCAGCAGGAUACAGCAAAGUAGUUGGGAUGUGGCUUUUGUGAUAACAUUAUACAGACUUGUAGCUUGUGUCUUGCUAGCACACUCACUGCAUAGACUCUUUCCCUUGCUGGCUCUGAUAAAGAAAGCUACUCUAUAAAGAGGCCCAAGGGGAAGGAAUCAAUGGUGGCCUCCAGCCUCCAGCCAGCAAGGAACUCAGGCCGUCAGUCUGACAAUCUGCAAGUAAUUGAAUCCUGCCAGCAACCAUGAGAGUGUGGAAGUAAUUCCUUCUCCAGUUGAGCCUCAGAUGAGACCACAGACCAGGCUGACAUCCCUGACUGCCAGAGGCCUCAGUUGAACCGAGCCUGGAUUGCUGACUCACAGAAACUGUGAGCUAGUUAGUCAAUGCAAAUUGUUGUAAGUCAUUAAAUUUGUGUUAACUCAUCAUCAGCAACAGAAAACAGGACUGGAAACCUCACUGAAAACUCCAAAAAGGUCCACCUGGCUGCCUCUUGCUCUUCCCUCUUUCAGGACCAUUUCAGUGCUCUGCUGGGUGGUUUUCUGCUCAGGCAAUGUGAGUGAUCUGAAAAGAAGGAAGGUGACUUUGUUGGUCAGGUCGUCUGCAAACCUCUCUCAACACAGCAGUGCUUAUAUUUCUGUGGCUCUUCGUGCUUUUCUGAAUGCUUUGAAUUCUUUUAAAAAAGAAUUAUUAUACUAUUACCCCCACAUAGUUCAGGGAAGUUAAGUGAUCAGUGCAGGUUCACAUAACUAAGUAAUGACACAGAUGGGAUCUGAACCUGGGUCUCAGGAGGCUCUGGUCCCUGACCAGACUCUGCGACCACGUACAUCCACCAGGUUUCUGUUCAUGGGUUAGUGUGUAACAUGAACAUUCCAUGACGGCUGCAGCCUCUGUCCCAGGGGCACUUAGAGAAGCCAUUCCACUCAGCCCAAUUUACCAGAGGAAACCUUGUGAGGGAAAGGGGAAUCCUGAUUCUGCAACCAUGUGCUCUCAUGAGGUCUGAUUGUCAGCCAGUGCUGAUCCAUGGCUGCCAGCAAGGAAGCCUUGUAGUCUCAUUGUGCCAGACUGGCCUGGCAGAAAGAUUAGACAACAAUGUUUACUUUGCCAUUAGCCUUGCCUGGCACUCAGUAUGGUAGUGCCUUGCUUUCAGGGUCACUGGUAGCAGUGCCUCUAAUGCAGGACAGCCCCUGCCAAGGGCACAGGUGUUCAGAACUGUUUCACGAACAAAUCAAAUCAAGUGAUGAAAUGAAAUCUAAGGAACUCAAUCAUGCCAAGCCUGAGACGGCACCCUUAAGCACGAUAAGUGUUAUCGAGCUGGUCUGAUAGGCAUUGGGGCGGCUGGUCCCCUAGGAGCUUUCAAUCAAGGUCUCACCCCAGGGACACAAUCUUCCAACAACAAAGAGAACAUUGUGUUUUCCACUCCCCAGUCCCAGACCUGGGCUGCUUGUCCAGAGAUGUAUGCAGGUUUUAAAAGUUAAAUUUAUGAUAACUUUUUUGGCUCAAGUAUAGAAGUAAUAUAUGAUCUUUGUAGAUUAUUUUUGGUAAAUAAAAAUUUUAAAAUGACUCAUAACCCCACCACCCAGCACUAACCACCAUUAGUGUGCUAAAUGAAUAUAUCGAUUUACUUACAAAUAUGGACUUAAGAUAUGGCACAGAUUGUUUUGCAACCAACCCACUGUUAUGGGACCAGCUUGCUUCCCCUGCUCUAUUUUAUCUGCAAUCCAAACCUGUUUUUAAAAGAAAAAUUGUAGUCUUGUAUUUUCCAAGUGUUUUUUUUAUAAAUCUACAUUAUUAUUUUUAAACUUUUCUCAUAAUAUGCAUGCAGAACGGUGCGUAUCACAAAAAAUAGCCUGCUGAAUUUGCACAAACGAAGCACAUGUGUGUAACCACAGCCCAGAUCCAGCAAAAAAGCAUUUUAGGUACCCCCAGAUCCCCCGCAGGCUCUUCCCAGUCACUAACCCAGCGCUAGACCAGUGCGUCACUACCCUAAUUUCUAAACAGCAAAGAUUCCAUUCGCCUGUUUUUGUGCUUUUGAUAAGCAGUACCACAUAACAAGCACUAUUUUUUUUUUUUUUUUGCUUUGAGCUUCUUUGCUUAAAAUCACGUUUAGGAAAGGCGUCCACAGAUGGCGUCGUGGGUGGUUGUCAGUCAUUUUCAUUGCUGUGUAUUAUUCCACUGCAUCAAUAUACCCUUUAUUUUAUCUCUUUUCAGUUCAUAGGCAUUGGGGUAGCUUCCAGCGUGGGGUCCUUAGGAACGGUGCUCUAUGAACGAUCUAUUAUUAUACACACCUUCUUUCUUUUUCCUUUUAUGUAUCUAUUAAAACACUAGAAAUGAGGUCUUGCUAUGUUGCUCAGGCUGGUCUUGAACUCCUGGCCUCAAGCAGUCCUCCCACCUUGUCUUUCCCAAGUGCUGGGGUUACAGACAUGAGCCACUGUGCCUGGCUCUUUUCUUCUUUUUUAAUUGGCACAUAAUAAUUGCACAUAUUUAUGGGUACAUAGCGAUGUUUCCAUAUAUAUAAUGUUUAGUGAUAAGGUCAGAGUAAUUAGCCUAUUUAUCAUCUCAAACAUUUAUCUUUUUUUUUUUUUUUGAGCCAGAGUCUCACUCUGUCACCCAGGCUGGAGUGACAAUGGCAUGAUCUCAACUCACUGAAACCUCUGCCUCCAGGGUUCAAACAAUUCUCCUGACUCAGCAUCCCAAGUAACUGGGAUUACAGGCGUCCACGACCACACCUGGCUACAUUUUUGUAUUUUUAGUAGAGAUUCACCGUGUUGGCCAGGCUGGUCUCAAAGUCCUGACCUCAGGUGAUCCUGCCUCUGCCUCCCAAAAUGCUGGGUCUACAGGUGUGAGCCACCAUGCCUGGCCUCAUCAUUCCUUUGUUUUGGGAGCAUUCAAUGUCCUCCCUCUAGAUAUUUGAAACUAUAUAACGUAUUAUCGUUAAUUACGUCAUUCUAAUACACAACCUUUUUUUUUUUUGAGACAGGGUCUUGCUCCAUUGCCCAGGUGAGAGUGCAGAAGCACAGUUAUGAUUCACUGCAGCCCGAGCAGUCCUCCCACUUCGGCCUCUCGAGUAGCUGGGACCACAGGUGUUUGCCACUAUGCCUGGCUAAUUUUUAAAUUUUUGUAUAGAUGGGGUCUCCCUGUGUUGCUCAGGCUGAUCUCCAACUCCAGAGCUCAGGUGAUCCACCCGCCUUGACCUCCCAAAAUCCUGGGAUUAUAUGCGUGAGCCACUGUGCCCAGCUUCUAAUACACAUCUUUUAGAGAACAUAUGUUUGUGUUUCUGUUGGGUGUAUGCCCCCAGUGAAGUUCGUUGUUGGAGCAUACGGUGGGCAUAUGUCCAGCUUUAGUAGAAACUGCUGAACGAUUUUCUAAAGAGGUUGUAUCACUUAAUACUCCCGCCAGCAGAGUGUGGAAAUUCCAAUGGCUCCAAGUCCUUGUCAACACAUUUUUUUGGUAUGUGUCAGUCAUUUUUUUUUUUUUUUUGAGACGGAGUCUUGCUGUUGCCAAGCUGGAGUGCAGUGGUGCAAUCUCGGUUCACUGCUACCUCUGCCUCCCGGGUUCAAGUGAUUCUCUUGCCUCAGCCUCCUAGUAGCUGGGACUACAGACGUGCACCACCACGCCCAGCUAAUUUUUGUAUUUGUAGUAGAGAUGGGGUUUCACCAUGUUGGCCAGGAUGGUCUUGAUCUCUUGACCUCGUGAUCCACCUGCCUUGGCCUCCCAAAGUGCUGGGAUUACAGGCAUGAGCCACCAUGCCCAGCUGUGUCAGUCAUUUUAAUUUCAGCCUUUCUAAAGGACGUAAGGAGGUAUCUUCUUCUUCUUUUUUUUUUUUUCUGAGACAGGGUCUCCUUUUGUCACCCAGGCUGGAGUGCAACGGUGUGAUCUCGGCUCACUGCAACCUCUGCCUCCCGGGUUCAAGCGAUUCUCCUGCUUCAGCCUCCCGAGUAGCUGGAAUUACAGGUGUGCACCACCAGGCACAGCUAAUUUUGUAUUUUUAGUAGAGAUGGGAUUUCACAUGUUGACCAGGCUGGUCUUGAACUCCUGACCUCAAGUGAUUGGACAACCUCAGCCUCCCAAAGUACUGGGAUUACAGGCAUGAGCCACCAUGCCUGGUGUUUAUUUUGAACAUAAUAAUUAAGGAGGGAAUUUAUUUUUUUUUGAGAUGGAGUCUCAUUCUGUCACUCAGGCUGAAGUGCAGUGGUGCGAUCUCAGCUCACUGCAACCUCCGCCUCCUGGGUUCAAGUGAUUCUCCUGCCUCAGCCUCCUGAGUAGCUGAGACUACAGGUGUGUGCCACAAUGCCCAGCUAAUUUUUUAUUUUUAUUUUUAGUAGAUACAGGGUUUCACCAUGUUAGAUAGGAUGGUCUUGAUCUCCCGAUCUUGUGAUCAGCCCACCUUGGCCUCCCAAAGUGCUGGGAUUACAGGUGUGAGCCACCAAGCCCUUCCUAAAGGGGGAAGUUUUUAAAACAAGAGUAGAGAGAUGAUUCCAGAGAAAAUCAUGGUUCUUUGUGGGCAGAGUAUGGAGGACACCAUCCACAAUGCAUUCAUCCAGUUCAUGAAUUUUAUUUUAUGGUCCACAAGCUCAAAUGAGAGAUAUAUUACAGAUGGUUGUAUUGUAAACCCAAUCUUAAGAAGCCUGACCAAGCAAAUGGAAGGCAGGGUCUUGAAGAGAUGCUUGCACACCCGUGUUCAUAGCAGCAUUGUGCACAAGAGCUAAAGCUUGGAAGCCGCCCACAGAUGCUUCAACAGAAGAGUAAAUAAGCAAAAUAUGCUCCAUCCAUACAAUGGAAUAGUAUUGAGCCUUAAAAAGGAUGGAAAUUCUGACACCCACUACAACAUGGGUAAAUCUUGAGGAUAUGUGUAAGUGAAAUGAGCUAGUCACAAAAAGACAAAUCCUGUGUGAUUCGACCUAAUGAGGUUCCUAGAGCAGUCAAAUUCAUAGACACAGACAGCGGAAUGGUGGCCAGCUGUGGUGGCGCACGCCUGGAAUCUCAGCACUUUGGGACGCCAAGGUGCGAGGAUUACUUGAGGUUAGGAGUUCGAGACCAGCCUGGCCAACAUGGCAAAACCCCAUCUAUACUAAAAAUACAAAAAUGACCUGGGCGUGGUGGUGUGCCCCUGUAAUCCUAGCUACUCAGGAGGCUGAGGCAGGAGAAUUGUGUGAAUCCAGGAGGCAGAGGUUUCAGUGAGUGGAGAUCACGCCACUGCCCUCCAGCCUGGACAACAGAGAGAGACUUUGUCUCAAAAAAUAAAAACAAAAACAAAAAAAACCCCCAAAAGAAUGUGGAAUGGCAGUUGCCAGUGGGGAGAGAGGCUUGGGGAGUUCUGCUUAGUGGGUGCAGAGUUCCAGUUUUACAAGACGGAAAGAAUUCUGGAGGUGGAUGCUGGUACAGCACAUUAUGAAUGCGUUUAACACCACUGGGCUAUGCACUUAGAUAGCGUUAAGAUAGUACAUUUUAUGCUAUGUGCAUUUUACCACAAUAAAAUAACUGGAAAAAGGCCAGGCACGGUGGCUCAUGCCUGUAAUCCCAGCACUUUGGGAGCCUGAGGCAGGCGGAUCACCUGAGGUUGGGAGUUCGAGAAUAGCCUGGCCAACACGGUGAAGUCUGUCUCUUAAAAAAUAAAAUAAAAUAAAAUAACUGGAAAAAAAAGAGCAGGGCAGGGGCGGUGGCUCACGCCUGUAAUCUCAGCACUUUGGAAGACCAAGGCGGGCUGAUCACCGGAGCACAGGAGUUGGAGACCAGCCUGGGCAACAUAGCGAAAUCCCGUCUCUAAAAAAAAUCCCAAAAAUUAGUCGGGUGUGGUGGUGUCUGUCUGUAACCCCAGCUACUCAGGAGGCUGAGGUGGGAGGAUCAUCUGAGCCUGGGAGGUGGAAGUUGCAGUGAGCUGAGAUUGCACCACUGCACUCCAGCCUGGGCAAGAGAGUGAGACCCCAUCUCAAUAAAUAAAUAAAAGGAACUGUCCUAGACGCUGAUAGCUCCAAAUCUGUGUGUUCUUGAGCAGGGAUGGCGCUGGGGUCUAUGGUGUAAGCUCUCAGGAGAGAGUCAGCAAGCAGAGAGGAGGCGCUGGGGGCAAGAAUGUGGCCAAGCCCUGGGGAGGGAGUAGGAGAGCCAGGAGUCUCAACCACAGCCUCCCAGCGCCAGGCUGCUCGGCCCUCAGAAAGGGUUGUGACGCCUGCUUUGGGCAAAUGCAAGAGAAGGUCCUGGAGGAGGCAGUGGCAGAAAUUCGGUACUGGGCAGAGCAAGGGUUAACUGGAAGCAGGAAAGACAAUGCCUGGAACCUGGAGUGGGCUGGGGCGGAUGGGGAGAGGAUGGAGCUAUUAAGCAGGAGCUGGGACACUCCUGGGAACUGGGGCAUGUCCAGGAAGUGGGCCUGAAGUCUUCAAGCGGGCACGGGGCGAUUCCCAGCCCCUUACAGCCCUGCUCUCCCUCAACACCUGCUCUGAGCUGCACCUGCCCAGAGCCCCAGUGUAAAGCCACUGCAGCUGGUGGCCUGGGGUGUGAACUCCUCUUGGGGACAGAGGUUAAGGUCCCCUGAUAGCGCGUCCUGCCCACCACGGCAGUUCUUUUGUCCUCGGUAUCUCAAAUGCUCCAUUACUACCAGGUGAGCAUAGCUCUGGACCUGGCCUCCUCAGCGGUUUCUGAUCCAGUCUGACCCCGUCUACGCCCUGUUCCUUCUAAGGGAUUAUCGGAAUUCUGGUAUCUGACCUGUGACUCUACCACCAUUGGUUCCAGGCUGGGGGUGUGACUGGACGUAUUUUAAGCGCCUAUCCUGAGCCUCCUGCUCCAGAUGGGAGAGCCAGGGAGCCCAGCUGCCUUCCCUCCAAAGGACCUGUGGCAGCAGCUUUCAGGGUCUUCGUGCCUUGGUCUGGGGUGGGCAGCAAGGCAGCAGAUUCAAGCAGAAAGCUCUGCCAUCUUUUUUUUUUUUGACAUGGAGUCUCACUCUGUCCCAGGCUGGAGUGCAAUGGUGCGAUCUUGACUCACUGAAACCUUUGCCUCCCGGAUUCAAGCGUUUCUCCUGCUUCAGCCUCCUGAGUAGCUGGGAUUAUAGGUGUGCACUACCACGACUGGCUAAUUUUUGUAUUUUUAGUAGAGAUGAGGUUUCACCAUGUUGGCCACGCUGAUCUUGAACUCCUGAUCUUGUGAUCUGCCCGCCUCGUCCUCCCAAAGCGCUGAGAUAACAGGCGUGAGCCACCAUGCCCAGCCAGCUCUGCUAUCUUCUUAUAGCCUACUCCCUGGCCAGACUGGCCAGGCUCAUGAGACCUUUGCUUUGUUCAUCUAUUCAUUCAUUCAUUCUUUUAUUCCACAUGCCAGACCGUAGGCUUGCUAGAGACGAAUCAGCCAUGAGUUUUGCCCUCAGUGGGUUUACAUCUGAGUAGGAGAAGUAAGACCCAUACCUCAGUCACUGUAAUAAAAAGCAGAAAAUAGUAGAAAUUAUUAACUAGGGCAGACACUAAGAAGGGUUUAAAACGGACAAAGUGCUAUGGUUCAUUCAGGAAAAGAAGCUCACUCCCAGGGGACAUAGGGGAGGCCAUCGUGGAGGAGGCGGCAUUUGAGCUGUCUUAGUAUCUGGAGGCUGAAAUCAGCCCAGGACUGUGUUCCUCCUUCCUAGGGGCACUUGUCAUUUUCACAAGGAUCUGGACCUGGGCAGUGUAGAUGUUGAGUGAACGGUGGAGCGUUAAGCACCCAGGCUGACUGUCAGGUAUGGAAGUUUCAUUGCUAGAAAAGGAAGAGGAGGGGGCCGGGCGCGGUGGCUCAAGCCUAUAAUCCCAGCACUUUGGGAGGCCGAGGCGGGGGAUCACGAGGUCAAGAGAUCGAGAUCAUCCUGGUCAACGAGGUGAAACCCCGUCUCUACUAAAAAUACAAAAAUUAGCUGGGCGUGGUGGUGCUCACCUGUAGUCCCAGCUACUCAGGAGGCUGAGGCAGGAGAAUUGCUUGAACCCAGAAGGUGGAGGUUGCCAUGAGCAGAGAUUGUGCCAUUGCACUCCAGUCUGGGUAACAGUGAAACUCCGUCUCAAAAAAAAAAAAAAAAAAAAAAAAGGAAAAGGUAGAGGAGGCUUCUGGGCCUGUCUGGAGGCUCCAAAAUCACAGCACUGUGGAGGAGCACAAGCCUCCUGUUUUCUUUUCUUUCUUUCUUUCUUUUUUUUUUGGUACAAAGUUUCGCUCUUAUUGCCCAGGCCAGAGGGCAAUGGCGCAAUCUUGGCUCACUGCAACCUCCACCUCACAGGUUCAAGCAAUUCUCCUGCCUCAGCCUCCCGAGUAGCUGGGAUUACAGGCAUGUGCCAUCACGCCUGGCUAAUUUUUGAAUUUUUAGUAGAGACGGGGUUUCACUAUAUUGAUCACACUGGUCUUAAACUCCUGACCCCAGGUGAUCCGCCCUCCUUUGUGCCUGUGCCAUCCGUGGAGCCCUGAGCCUGUCCCUCUGUCCCAGUGCAUGCUCCAGGCCAGGCUUGGGUAAGGCAGUAGGCAGGCCCUGGCCAGUGCGUCCUCUGGGGCUGGGGGUUGUGGGACUCAGGUGGAAGGUGUCACAGCUCCCAGUUUCAAUGCUGAGAGCUGUGACCUGGGCUGAAACAGCUUGCCUUCCUGCCCUCCGGCCCUGGGCUUUCGAAUUCUCCCGCUGGGCCACGUCCUCUCCUGCCUCUGAGCCUUGGCAAAAGCUAUUCCCUUUGAAUGCACUUCUCUGUCAUUACUGAGAGUGUCAGAGUCCUUGCGGAAGCAGGUGGCCCACCUUGAGGUUUGAAGAGAUUUAGUGAAGGGGUGGGCAGGGGUAAAGAACCCCAAAAGUGACGUGGAUCCCAAAAGGACCUGGAGCCAGCAGCAGUGGAAAAUCAAAGGGAACACAGGGAGGGACCAGCACGGCCAGGAUCCAGCUUGAGCUGGGGCUGAAGGUGAAGGUGUCCUGGAGCCUGGGGUCUGUCUCUUGGCCUCAGAGCAAGGUGGAUCCCGGUGGAA